AUGGCCAAUACUUUGCCGAAUUCCAAAGAUCAAUCUGAUGAAACCCGAAAGGCCUCAAACGAAGCAGUCAGUCAUGAUGCAGAGAAGCCCUGCAUAGAGCAUGGGGAAGCCCCAGAUGGCGGUACCCAAGCCUGGCUUGUUGCAGCUGGGGGCCAUGCGAUCUUUUUCUGUUGCCUCGGCUUCUCUAAUGCUUUCGGGUCUUUCGAGGAGUAUUACUUGUCUCAUCAACUGCAAGGGCAUUCGCCGGACGAUAUCGCGUGGAUCGGCUCUCUGUCGGCUUACAUCCAGUUCGCGGCAGGUAUGGUUGGAGGGCCGCUAUUCGACCGUUUCGGAGCAAAGAUGAUACGUCCGGCUGCCGUACUUUACGUAUUUGCCGUGAUGAUGCUAAGCCUAUGCACGGAAUACUGGCAAAUAAUGUUGGUACAAGGCGUCCUUAUGGGCAUAGUGAUGGGCUUUCUGCAGAUUCCAGCAUUCGCAGCUGUCUCCCAAUGGUUCGACAAGAAACGAGCUGCGGCGUUCGGUGUCGUUGUCUCUGGAUCAUCAAUCGGGGGCGUUGCCAUUCCCAUCGCAUUGUCCAAGAUGCUCAACGGCUCGUCCCUUGGGUUUGGAUGGUCGGUCGGUAUUAUCGGGUUCCUGAUUAUGCCUUUGAUGGGAUUUGCCCUGUUAACCGUGAAAGCCCGUCUUCCACCUAGGAAAAGUACCUUUUGGAUCCCGGCGGCCUUCAAGGAUAGAAGGUUUGUGCUUAUCAUCGUUGCCAUGUUUUUCAUGUUCACAGGAAUGUUUACACCUUUAUUCUUUCUUCCGACAUAUGCGGUUCGGAAAGGCAUGGAGGUUACACUGGCCGGGUACCUGUUGGCUAUUAUCAAUGCGGCAUCUACCUUUGGCCGAAUAAUCCCGGGAAUAUUGGCGGACAAAUUUGGCCGCUUGAACAUCUUCACAUUCGGUGGCCUCGCUACCGGAGUUGUCGUUUUUUGCAUGAGCUCGGCCGCGUCUGUUUCGGCACUGGUCGUCUACUCCGUUGUUUUCGGAUUCGUAUCUGGAACUAUAAUCUCAGGUGGUUCUGCAGCUCUUUCACUUUGCGUCAAAGACGUCCGAGAUGUUGGGACGUAUAUGGGCAUGGGCAUGUUUCUCGCCGCUCUAGGUGCACUAGUCGGACCCCCGAUCAAUGGAGCAUUUGUCGCUCGUUAUGGCGGGUUCGAUCAAGUGUCCAUGUUCAGUGGCACAAUGAGCGCCGUCGGCGGCCUUCUUGCUUUCGCGACCAAGGCUGCAACUCCUCAAGGCUUGCUCGGGCUUGUAUAA